AUGAUCAAUCGAAAAUAUUUAACCACUGGUGGCAUAAUUUUAGGGAAAAGAUUGGACCUUAUUAAAAAUAUAAUAAAUACCACCAAGUUUGAGAAAGAUAAUGUAUUGAAAGAAGUUGAAUCGCAAUCAAACCGGAAUUUAAUAUUAAAUGAAGAUGAUGAUAAGAUUAUCAAAAAAUGUGUUGCUAAAAAAGUUAAAGCAAAGAGAAAUGACAGACUAGAGAAGAUAGAAGGAGGGCCUAAUUUAAAGGUACGACCGGAAUGGGUUAAUUUGAAUGAGAGUUAUAAUAACAAAUUUUAUAAACAACCUACAAUUCAAGAAAAAAAUAGAAUUAAUAGAUUUUUUAAUUCGAGUGAGGUAGCUUAUGAAUGGAGUGUUGGUGAUUUUUCCAUAAUUCCUGGUGAAACGGCUUGCAGUAGUGAAAAUAGUGUACAGAAUAACAAUGAUUGUAAGAACAGUAAGAUAGAUCAAGGGAAAAGAAAAAUGCCAUUUCAACUGAUAAAUGGAUUGCCAGAAAUUGUGUUUUUGGGAAGAUCCAAUGCGGGCAAAUCUAGUAUAUUAAAUAAUUUAGUCACUGAAUUCAAGAGAAAUAAGAUUAUUGAAGUGGCAAAAAUGUCUAAAAGGGCAGGUUUUACGAGAACUUUAAAUUGCUUUAAUAUUGGUAACAAGUUUAGACUGAUUGAUACUCCAGGGUACGGCUAUGGUAGUAAUAUAGAACAAGGAACUGUUGCAAUGGAAUAUUUGGAAAAAAGAAAAGAAUUGCGAAGAUGUUAUCUUCUUCUCUCCGCUAAUCAUGGGAUCACAGAAUUGGAUUUAAGUAUGAUUGAAAAUUUAAUAGUAUUAGGUAGACCAUUUGAGAUAGUUUUCACGAAGAUGGAUAAGAUUAAGGAUUUAUCACAAUUUGAAGACAUGAUUGUACAGAGUGGGAUUCAAGAUUUGUCUACUUUACCAAAACUUAUUUUUACUAACUCUGUUUCAUCUAAGAGAUGUCCAAAGAGGUAUGGGAUGGAUUAUUUAAGAUAUAGUAUUUUUGAAUCAUGUGGAUUAGUAUAG